AUGCGCUUCUCAACCCUCCUAACGGCCCUCCUAGCCAGCGCAUCAACAAGCCUCGCCUUCCCAACACCCCCAGACGAAGACCUCUCCCUCACAAACACCACCCUCACCGGCCCCACCCCACGCGGCGACCGCAGCGAAGAAGACCGCAAAUGGGACAAGAAGAAAAUCGUCAUCUGGACCUACACCAAAGACGGCAAUUCCUGCGCCGGCCACGCCGCGCAGUCCAAGCACAAGCUCAAGCCGUUCAAGUGCAAGAACUUCGGGUGGUUUGAUAGGUUUUCGGAGGUCCAGUUUGAGUUGCCCAAGGAGGUCCACAAGGAGGGUGUCAACUGCGAGUUGACGUUCUAUGAUGGUGACGGGUGUAAGGAGGGGAGGGAGACUGGGAAGGUGCAAAACGAGGACGAGAGACCAGAGUGCCAAAACGAAGUGGGCAAUAUGAUCGAAAAGAGAUCUUGCAUGCCCAGGUGUUGGAAGGAUUAG